AUGGAAGUAAGUCAAGUUGAUCUUGAGAUCUGUAAAAAUUCAGACAAUAUCUGCUUGAAGACUCUUUUGUGUUCAUCAUUUAAUAUAAUUGUGAAAAGAAGUGAAUUACAUCUGCUUGACAUUUCUGUAGUGCUUACUUACAUUCAGUUCAACCAGUCAACUGUUCGUUUAUUUUUGGCUUUUAAAAAGGAAAAUUGGGAGAAAAAAGAAACAACCAAAUUUAUUCCAAUUUAUUUAUUUUUGGUGAUUCAAUUAAAACAUUGA